CGACUGGUGACCCUGCUAGGCGUCGCGCGACACUAUUGCGCGAACUCUACUCUACACGGGCUCAGGUACCUCGUCGAUCCGGAAUUGCACGUGAUCGAGAGACUCCUGUGGAUGGCCAUAUUCGUUGGGCACGCUGUCGUCGCGGUGUGGUCUAUUUUGUACCUCAUUUGCCAAGUUCAGGAAGUGCCAACGUCCAUUGGCAUCGAAUCGAUGCAUCACAGGAUAUCGCACGUCCCGUUCCCGAGCGUCACCCUGUGUCCAAACGAUCGCGUCGAUUGGGAUAAGCUUCUGGAGCUGGAGAAGCAGAUUUUUCCGAACAACACGCAGCCGCAGACGCUGAAGACCUUCCGGGAUCUCAUGGUUAAACUGUCCGUCCUUAGUUUCGGUGAUUUUCAUCUGCUCAACUUUCUCAAGUAUCGUCGACUGGAUGGACUGAACGGUUUAAACGUGACCGAUGCGUUGUUGCGGGUGGUGCCGAGCUGCGAGCAGCUUUUUGCCCAGUGCUGGUGGCGAAACUCCGUACGGGACUGUUGCGAGAUAUUCGAGCUGCAGAAGACCGAGUACGGAUUCUGUUACUCCUUCAACUCGCAAUCGACCGAGACGGUGAACCGCCGGAAGUACCAUGGGUACCGAGAGCAGCGUCCCCGCAGGGCGACCAGCUACGGCGCCUGGAGCGGCCUCAGGGUCACCGCCCGGAUGGGGAACGUGACCAAGCCUCCGGAUUCGCAGGAGACGGACGGCAUUUUAUUCAUGUUGGACGAUCCGAGAGUGUGGCCCAACAAUGGCCGAGUGAUCCCAAUGAAGUCGCUGACCACUAUAUCGUUCGAAUGCAUCUCUGGCUUCGCUACUCAGGCAGUCCUCGACUUGGACGAGAGCAAGGCGCCUUGCAGGCACAGGCCCGAGAAUGUGUACACUCAGGAGACUUGCAUAUCGUUUUGCAAGCUGAACCACACUAUACAACAUUGCGGCUGCAAUCCUUCGUUCAUGUUUCCCACGACUUCGACUCGUGAAUGCAAUGUUUCAGAUUUGCUCUGUCUAGUCGAUCACAAUGUGUCUUUCGGCGGCAUAAUCGGCUUAUUUCUCGGAGGUUCAUUAAUCAGCGCGAUCGAGCUGAUCUACUACCUGCUGGUCGCCCUGUUCUCGUACCUCGCCUCGUGUCUGGCGACCGCCAAACAAGAGACCGGAAACGGAGGGAAGAUUCUGCCCAGCAGACGCGCCGAUCUCCCGUCGCUCCUCGCGUUGCCCAUUCCGGAUUACGGUCCACGAAAAACGAGAUCCAGGAGGUUCCCGAUCUUAGUGAAUUACACUCCCGUGAAAUCGAAUUUGAACAGAUACUGAGCCAACCGGGAACAGUCUAGUUUCGUAACCGGCCACUCGCCGGAAUCGCGAUUACCGUUACUCGCGAUUUAUCGGCGACGUUGAUGGCCGAAUGAAAAAACCAA